AUGGAAACCUCUCCCCCUCCUACGCCGCCGUCACGUGCUCCAAAUGAUCACGAAUGGCGAUUUAAACAGAUGACCUCGCCUUGUGAAUGGAUCGAGGAUUAUCGGCCGGGAGGCUACCACCCGGUUCAUCUGGGUGACCUUUUCAAAAAUGGCGAGUACAAGAUCCUGCGGAAGCUUGGCGAGGGCUCCUACUCAACGGUUUGGCUGGCCCGAGAUCUGAGGAAUAGUAAAUACGUCGCAAUAAAGAUAUUGGUCGGAAGCUCGGAAACGACUUCAGAGCUGCAAAUCUUGCGCCACAUCACGCAAAAUGCACCAACAGACGGUGCCCGAUACAUCACACAGCUUUUAGAUCAUUUUGAACACCACGGUCCUAAUGGCGUCCAUAAAUGUCUGGUGUUCGAGCCUAUGGGUCCAAGUGUGAAUACUAUGGUCGAAGAGCUGCCUCAGUUCAAACCUCGCAAGUGGGGAAUGAAGAUACGCUACCCGCCCCAGAUGGCAAAGAACAUCCUCAAGCAAUCUCUUCAGGCCCUGAAAUUUUUACAUGAGCAUGGUAUAGCUCAUGGAGAUUUCCAGCCGGGGAACAUAUUCUUCGCUCUUGACAAUAUUGACUCGAAGCCUGAAGUUGAGUUGCGGCAGAAAGAAGAUGUACAAGCCAAGUCAAUCUCUGCGCCCGUACAAAGACUGGAUGGUAAGCAAGACCGAUGGGCUCCUCGGUAUCUCUGCAUCGCGGAACCCUUAGUGCCUUCCGCGCCUUGCGACGAAGGUUUUAAGAUUAAACUCGCCGAUAUGGGUGGAGCGUUUUUCUUCACUGACCUUCCGAAGAAGCUGGUCACUCCACUCGGGCUUCGACCUCCUGAGUUGGUUCUGACCGGAGAGGUUCACAAAACCAUUGAUAUAUGGAGUUUCGGUUGCCUCACUUUCCAGCUUAUUACCGGACAGCCCCUUAUUUGCGUACCGUGGUAUGAAUCGGAAUCCGACCAAGAUGACGAUCACCUGCUUUCCCUCACAGCCUGUCUUGGUGCCCUCCCCAACAAACUCUAUCGGGAGUGGAAGAAUUCAUCAUUGUACUUCACCCCCGAAGGGAAACAUUUCAAUUGUGCGCUCGGAGGGGUGGCAGAAGGGGCAGAGCCAUUUAUGGUUGAGCAGAUGUCAAUGGAGGAGUUGUUUGAUCAGGCUGGUCCAGAUCUAGGAGAGCAAGAAGCUUGCCAAGUAAAGACACUUAUUCGAUGGAUCUUACAGUACGAUCCUGCGGAGAGACCCACGCCUACGGAAGUUCUGCUACAUCCGUGGUUCUCUCAGGACGAGACGAAGAGUGGUACAUUCAAAUAA